AUGGAUACACCACAUAUCUGUCAAUCGGUGCAACCAUUAAACAGUGCUGCAGUAACACAGGUCAAAGGUAAUGAUAUCAAAUUAGUAAAAAAUAAAGAAAAAAAAUCAGAGCAUUUAAACGUAUUUGUGGUUCUGCAUUCACAUGUUGAUGCUGGAUGGUUGAAUACAUUUGAUGAAUACUACAAUGCAUCUGAGAAACCGGUUCGAGACAUUAUGAACAACGUAGUAAACUCGCUACGCAGGCAUCAAAAACUAAAAUUCAUUUGGUCUGAAGCAUCAUUUCUGGAAAAGUGGUGGACUGAAGCUAAUCAGACUUAUAGAGAAUAUUUUAAAAAGCUAGUGAAAGAGGGGCGUUUAGAGAUCAGUACUGGUUCUUGGGUGAUGGCUGAUGAAGCAACACCAUACUUUUGGGAGUCUAUUGAAAAUAUUAUUGUUGGAAAUCAAUAUAUUCAAGAAAUCCUUAAUAUAACACCAACUACAGCAUGGUCAGUUGAUCCAUUUGGUCACGGACUUAUGAUGCCAUACCUACUGACCUUAUCUGGUAUGACAAAAAUGGUAAUUGGCCGCAUCCAUUAUAAUAUCAAAAAUAUUUUACGACAAAAUCACCAACUACACUUUCGUUGGGCGCAGCUUUGGGAUUCGGAUUUUCACUGGAUGCCUUUUGUUAACGUUCUACCAAAGGGAUAUUAUACAGUAAGCGACGCUUGUGGUGUUAACAAUUUUAUUUGUUGCCAAUUCGACGUUGCUACAUCAGCCCGGUCAUACUGUAGAGAACGAGCCAAAGUGAAUACGUGCCAAGAAAUCGCUAUUUAUGGUGAACGAAUGGCUGAUCAGUAUCGAUCACUGCAAACAUUUUAUAAUUCGGAUUCUGUUUUAGUAGCUGCUGGCGAUGAUUUUGCAUAUUCAUAUUCCAGUGAUCUAGAAAUAGUUUAUCAAGUGCAAUUUGGUACCAUAAAGGAUUACUUUGAUUCACUUAGAAAUAGUAGUCAUAUGAUAAAUUCACCAAUACUUACGGGAGAUUUUUUCCCUUAUACAGAUUCACCAUAUAAUGAUACAUCUCUUUGGACUGGUUUUUACAAUCAUCGAGCUUACUUCAAACGAUUUGUAAGAAUUGUACAAAGUGAACUUCGUCUGAUGGAUUUUAUUAGCGUUGCGGUUGCAAUGCAUCCCAAAAAUGAUACAAAUAUUGCACGGAGAAAUUUGGCGCUUAGCUUACAUCACGAUGCGAUAACAGGAACCAGCAAACGAUACGUAAUGGAUGAUUAUACAUCAAAGCUUCGAGCAUCACUACAGACAAUUUUAAUGGAACAGGAAAGAUUGCUAAAUAGCGAAUCUGAUAAUAAUAAUAAUAAUAAUAGUUUUUUAAGAGUGAUAAUUAGUAACUCAUUAAAAUUAAAAGGAAUGCAGUUAACUCACAGAACACUUACUUUUGCUAAUGGCAUUAAAAGGUAUGGAAUUCAAAUUGUAAAUCAGAAAGGAUUAUUAACAACAGAACUUAUUAAAUUAAACAUAACUAAUUGUUCAGUAAUUGCAAAGCAUCGUGGAGAAGCAUUAACUAUACAAUUAGUACAAUUUCCUCAAGAAACUGACUUAUUCGAAGUAACAAUUAUUAAGUUAAUUUACAAUGAUGGAAGUGUAAAUACCACUUUCGGCUUGAAUUUUAACAAGAUCGUUGAUCAAGGAGGUGCAUACAUUAUGGUUGCACAAUUUCCGUUUCAGGAUAUUGACAAUUCUGAAUCAAUGCCACGUGUAGUACGUGGGCCUGUUUAUUCAAGUAUUUGGAAACGUCUCAGCGAUAACUUAGCUUAUAGUUUAACAGUUAUCAAUUCAACAGAUAAUUCAGCUCGAGCUAUUCAAGUUGAUGUAUUUACAGACGUUGUUUCAAUGCCUGGAUAUACUUUUUUCAUGAAUUUGAAUACUAAAAUUGAAAAUAAACAAAAAUUUUACACUGACGUCAAUGGAAUGUAUUUGAUUCAACGAAAAUACCAUAAAACGAUAGCAUUAGAAGCAAAUAUUUACCCUAUGACUACUCAAGCAAUGAUCGAAGAUGAAUCACUUCGAUGUAGCAUAGUUGCAGCACAAUCUACAGGUGUUACUUCUACAUCUGGUACUGUAUUGCUAAUGGUAGAUCGAGAAAUUUAUCUAGAUGAUGGUAAAGGGUUGAAUAGCUUUGAAGCUGGACAGAGUUAUCCAUCACAUCUUAAAUAUCGUAUAAUAUUCGAGUCUAAAUUACAUACAAGUGAUCAAAACGAUGAUGUACUUCUCGGCACAGAAAAUAAAACAUUUUCAAGAGAUGAUUCCAAGCACAAUACUAUUUACCAUUCACAGCUUGUACAAAAGAAUCUCGAAGAACUGCUUUAUCCAGCAGCUGUAUUCUUUUCAGCUAAUGUUAAUUUGACAAAAUUCGCUCACUCAUCGAUAGCCCUUCCACCGUUGCCUGAUAACAUUCAACUUGUAACUGCUCGAUAUAUCACGCAGAAAAAAGUUUUAAUAUCAUUGCGUUGGUUGCCAUAUGAUUGUACAGAACGGAUAUAUCUCAAUAAAACCACUGAUAUGAUGAGUAAACCUACGGAAACGCUGAAGACUAAACUUGCAUUCCAGAACUUAAUCCGGCAGUUCUUCACAUCACUUCAUGGAUCAAUUUAUGAAUCCAACUUGAGUGGUACGAAAAUAGGCGACCGAAUCAUUACACCACAGUCGAUGCCUUUAUACUUCGUUCAACCACUUCAUAUUGUUUCCUUUAUUAUUAUUAAAGAUAAUGCUUGA